AAUUUUUUUUAACCCAAAACAAUUAAUUAAAAAAAGAAGUAAAAACAAGAAAUAAAAAAUCAAUCAUAGAAGAAUCGCCACGAAGGCACAACAAAACACAAGUUCCCUCUUUCCAGUUUCCUCCAUAUCCCCUGUCUCUUCUCUUUGCUCUGAAUUGGGUUUAAUCCCUACCAAUCAAUGACCAUGGAUCAAGCCGAACUCACCACUGAACAGGUUCUUGAAAGAGACAUUCCAUGGGAGACAUACAUGACAACUAAGUUGAUCUCGGGGAAAGCUCUUCAACUCUUGAGACGUUAUGACAAAAGACCAGAGAGCCAAAGAGCAUCUUUAUUGGAUGAUGAUGGUCCAUCCUAUGUUCGAGUAUUUGUCAACAUUUUACGUGAUAUCUUUAAAGAAGAGACGGUGGAAUAUGUCCUUUCUUUGAUCGAUGAAAUGCUCACUGCAAACCCCAAAAGAGCUAGACUCUUUCAUGAUAAUUCGCUUGCAAAUGAAGAUAUCUAUGAACCAUUUUUAAGAUUGCUCUGGAAAGGCAACUGGUUCAUACAAGAGAAGAGUUGCAAGAUACUUGCACGAAUCGUAAGUGCUAGACCCAAAAACCAGUAUGGUGGAGCUGUGAAUGGUGAGGCCUCAGAUUCCAAAAGCAAAUUCACCACCAUAGAUGAUGUCUUGAAAGGUUUGGUAGAUUGGCUUUGUGCACAACUAAGGAGUCCUUCUCAUCCCAGUCGCGGCAUUCCUACUGCUGUAAAUUGCCUUGCUACCUUAUUGAAAGAACCUUUGGUCAGAUCGUCAUUUGUUCAAGCAGAUGGAGUGAAGCUGCUAAUUCCAUUGAUUAAUCCAGUAUCCAAUCAAACCACUCCAAUAGCAUCUUCACAAUCUAAUCAGCAACAAUCUAUGCAGCUCCUUUACGAGACGUGUCUCUGUAUCUGGUUAUUGUCAUAUUACGAACCUGCAAUUGAAUAUUUGGCUACUUCCAGAUGUGUUCCCCGACUGACAGAGGUUGUCAAGAGUUCUACAAAGGAAAAGGUUGUUAGGGUUAUUGUAAUGACUUUCAAGAAUCUUCUUCCAAAAGGGACAUUUGGCGUUCAGAUGGUGGACCUCGGAAUGCCUCAGAUAGUCCAAAACUUGAAAGCACAUGCCUGGGGAGAUGAGGACCUCGUAGAGGCUUUGAAUCAACUAGAUGAAGGGCUGAAGGAUAAUGUAAAACAAAUGAGUUCGUUUGAAAAGUAUAAACAAGAAGUACUUCUCGGUCAUCUUGACUGGUCCCCAGUUCACAAAGAUGCUUUCUUCUGGCGGGAUAAUAUCAACAACUUCGAAGAAAAUGAUUUUCAGAUCUUGAGAGUCCUCAUCACUAUUUUGGACACGUCUAACGACCCAAGAUCACUAGCCGUUACUUGCUUUGAUCUCUCGCAAUUUAUUCAGUAUCAUCCAUCCGGAAGAAUAAUAGUGAAUGAUCUCAAGGCUAAGGAGCGGGUGAUGAAGUUAAUGAAUCAUGAAAACGCCGAGGUUACGAAGAACGCUCUACUUUGCAUCCAGAGGCUCUUCUUAGGAGCCAAGUAUGCCAGCUUUUUGCAAGCUUGAAAUGUAUUUCUUGAAGAAAUUAUGCAAAUUCCUCCAAGCUUAGGUUAGGCGGAGUCAUUCUAUGAUUAGAUAUUUAUGAGACGUUUAAAUGAUUGAUUGUUUAAUAUCCAUAAUAAACCAUAUGCAUGUCAAGUCAUCGAGGCUCACGAUAUGGCAUCGACAAACAAAUGAGAUCCAUCCGAUGGGUAUUUAUUUCCUUUUCCGGCAAGGCUUUGCUCAUUUCACCGUUUUGUAGGCUGUAUGUAUUGUUUCAUAAUUCUCAUGUUCAGCCUGAACAAAAGAAUAACCUUAAUUUAUACUUUGCACAAUUAUAUUC